CAGGACCCGGAUCUGCAGGAGGACCGGAGGACCUGAAUCUGCUUUAGUAACCCCGGAACAUGGUGCUCUGAAUCCGGUCCCAGUCUCGGAGGAGACCCGCAGACCCGGCACGAUGCUGGGCAUGUACGUCCCGGACCGGUUCUCCCUGAAGGCGUCUCAGGUCCAGGACGGGGUCGGGCUGUUCACCGCAAGGAGGGUCAGAAAGGGAGAGAAGUUUGGUCCGUUUGCCGGAGAGAAGAAGCUUCCCGGGGAGCUGGACGAGAGCCUGGACACCCGGCUGAUGUGGGAGGUGCGUGGCAGUAAAGGAGACGUGCUGUACAUCCUGGAUGCUAGUAACCCACGCUACGCUAACUGGCUGCGCUUCGUGCACCAGGCACCGUCUCAGGAUCAGAAGAACCUGGCCGCCAUCCAGGAUGGAGAGAACAUCUUCUACCUGGCGGUCGACGACAUCGACACUGACACGGAGCUCCUGAUUGGCUACCUGGACAGCGACAUGGAGGAGGAGGAGGAGGAGGAAGAGGAGGAGGUGAUCAAGGACGACGACGACAACAGUAAAGACGCCAGACACCUCGUCGAAAUGGAGCUGGUGAUAAAGAAGGAGGACCACCCCUGCCUGCUGUGUGAGAGCAGCUUCCCGUCGGAGGAGAUCCUGGCAGCUCACCUGCAGACCCUGCACCAGAGGCCCAGCAGCGAGGAGAAGGACUUCAAGUGCAAAACCUGCGGCAAGAAGUUCCCCGUCAGACAGGCCCUGCAGCGCCAUGUCCUGCACUGCUCCGAGUCUGUGGACCCCUCCUCCGACUCUAAAGCCCACCAGUGCUCUCUGUGCCACAGCAGCUUCAGCUCCAUCUCCAGCUUCGUGCAGCAUAAGGAAGCCUGUAAAGGAGACGCUCGGUUCAUCUGUAAAGCAGAGAGCUGCGGGAAGAGAUUCAAGAGCAAAGACGCUCUGAAGAAGCACAAAGGAAACGUCCACACAGGGAGCGCACGCCGGAAACUCACAUGCACGAUCUGCAACAGGAAGUGCUCGUCCUCUCUGAACCUGCAGGAGCACAGGAAGGUCCAUGAAAUACUGGAAUGCCACGCCUGUGACAAGAAGUUCAUCUCAACCAAUCAGCUGAAGCGUCACAUGAUCACACACUCAGAGAAGCGUCCGUACACCUGUGAGGUGUGCAGCCGCUCCUUCAAGCGCCUCGACCAGGUGACGGCUCACAAGAUCAUCCACAGCGAGGACAAGCCGUACAAAUGCAAGCUGUGCGGGAAGGAGUUCGCCCACCGCAACGUCUACAAGAACCACAAGAAGACCCACUCUGAGGAGAGACCCUUCCAGUGUGACGAGUGCAAAGCUUUGUUCAGGACCCCCUUCUCCCUGCAGCGCCACCUCCUCAUCCACAACAGUGAGAGGACGUUUAAGUGUGACCAGUGCGACGCCACCUUCAAGAGGAAGGACACGCUCAACGUGCACAUCCAGGUGGUGCACGACGGACACAAGAAGUACAAGUGCGACCUGUGUGAGAAAGCCUUCGUCACGCCGUCCGUCCUCAAGAGCCACAAGAAGACUCACACCGGGGAGAAGGAGAAGAUCUGCCCGUACUGCGGACAGAAGUUCGCCAGCAACGGGACGCUGAGGGUCCACAUCCGCAGCCACACAGGGGAGCGUCCGUACCAGUGUCCGUACUGCGACAAAGCCUUCAGCAAGAACGACGGCCUGAAGAUGCACAUCCGCACCCACACCCGGGAGAAGCCGUAUAAAUGCAGCGAGUGCAACAAGGCCUUCAGCCAGAAGAGAGGACUGGACGAACACAUGAGGACUCACACCGGAGAGAAACCCUUCCAAUGUGAUGUGUGUGACCUGUCCUUCAGCCUGAAGAAGAUGCUGAGUCGACACAAACUCACUCACAACCCCAACCGGCCGAUGGCGGAGUGCCAGCAGUGCCACAAGAAGUUCACCAGGAACGACUACCUCAAAGUGCACAUGGAGAACGUGCACGGGGAGACGGAGAGCUGAUCCCCCCCCCGAUAACGUCUCCUGCAGCAUGCUGUGAACACAGAUGCAGCGAUAGCAGACAUGUUGCUAUUAAACAUGCUAACGUGCAGAAUAUGGAAGACGUUUGGCCGAGUUAAACAGAAACCUGAGCUGGUCAUUUUUCCUCGUGCGGUUGAGAUAUUGUUUCCCCGAAGAGACGCUGUGUCUGCUCGCAGAAAUGUCUGAUUUAACCAGUGUUAGGUUACAUUCACCUGAAGCUCUCAACCAAAGGACUCCCUAUAAGUGCUUUAACCAUGAAGGAACUCCUGCAGGACGAAGCUUCUCAUGGUGCUCUGGACGUUUCUGUUCAGACUGUCCAGCCUGAUCUCUGCACUGCAGCGUCACUGUGAGAUCAUCACUGAGGGAGACACCUUUAACCUAUACCUGAGCUCUUCCCCCAGGUUGGCCCUGUCAGCACCGGCCUCUGGACUCUGUUCAAACCUCAGAACCAUGGUGCUCCAUUUGCUGUUUCAAAAUAAGAGUAUUAAAACAGGCUGGAUGCAGAGUCUGAACCAGAGCAGAGGAUAAAGGUUUUAUCUCCAGAGAGCGUCGGUGUUUGGUUAUCCUCCUCAGAUCCUCCAGGUUCUUUCAAAAGUUUCUUUAACACCAGUGGUUCUGUGAAGAAACCAGAUCUCUGUUCCAGUCGUAAUCUGUUAGAAAACAUAAAACUGUACCUUUAAUAAUAAUUUAAGAGUAAGUACCCGCUGUCUUUUGGUGCUAAGUGUGUUUCUGUUUCCAUGAUGUAUUAGUACGGAGGCCGACAGGUGCAAACACGCCUCCAUCAGGAGCAACGCUGCAGCUGUACAAACACACGUCUCUCUUUAGUGUCCCCUGGUCUCCAGCUGUGUGCGUCUCUCUUUAGUGUCCCCUGGUCUCCAGCUGUGUGCGUCUCUCUUUAGUGUCCCCUGGUCUCCGUUGUGUGCGUCUGUCUUUAGUGUCCCCUGGUCUCCAGCUGUAUGCGUCUCUCUUUAGUGUCCCCUGGUCUCCGUUGUGUGCGUCUCUCUUUAGUGUCCCCUGGUCUCCAGCUGUGUGCGUCUGUCUUUAGUGUCCCCUGGUCUCCAGCUGUGUGCGUCUCUCUUUAGUGUCCCCUGGUCUCCAGCUGUGUGCGUCUCUCUUUAGUGUCCCCUGGUCUCCAGCUGUGUGCGUCUGUCUUUAGUGUCCCCUGGUCUCCAGCAGUGUGCGUCUCUCUUUAGUGUCCCCUGGUCUCCAGCUGUGUGCGUCUGUCUUUAGUGUCCCCUGGUCUCCAGCUGUGUGCGUCUCUCUUUAGGGUCCCCUGGUCUCCAGCUGUGUGCGUCUCUCUUUAGUGUCCCCUGGUCUCCAGCUGUGUGCGUCUCUCUUUAGUGUCCCCUGGUCUCCGUUGUGUUGGAGCUUCUUGCAGCGUUUGGUUUCUGCAGCUUUCAGUAAACUGCUCAUGUUUCCUCUGCUGAAUGUUCUCUAGAUGCUGCAUGAGUUGAAGAGCUGCUGCAGAUGUUUCUGCAUGAGUUUCUGCAUCCUCUCUGAAGCUGCAGCACGUUGGCACCUGUCGGCCUCCGUAUAUUAGGGACCAAAGGAAAAUCCAAAGUACUGUGUGUACGAGUAGGACAGUGUAUUAGGGCCAGAAGAAGGGGGUAAGAUAAGCAAAUGUCUUUCCUUUUUUAUGGAUGGAGCUAAUUUAUCGAAGUGUUUCAUUUGUUGCUAACUGUAGUGUUUAAUCACAGAGAAAUUAUUGGAGAAUGUUAAAAAAGAAAUGUUGUUUUCAUAGUAAAUGUCACCUACAUCUUAAGGGGAGAUGAAGGUCCACAUGUAAACAAUUCAUUGAGACAUUAUUUUAGGAGUCAAAAUGCAUUAAAAGAAAUGUUGGGUUGGGUCUCAUAUUUAUCUUCACGUGUUGCCCUCUUAUUAUUUCCCUAUCCAGCUUUUUUCUCAUAAAUAUUCAACUUAAAUCUCUCAUUUUCCUCUGGAGAUAUGACUCCCCCCUUACCUUCUCUGGCCCUGAUAGGCUUCCGUACUUCAUGUAUAGUUGUGAAUGUGUUCCUGACCUUGCCUUAC